CUCGAUAUAGAUAUUUGACUGUGCGCUGGUCGGGCGCAAUGAAAAUCAUGUAUGUCUUGCAAGCUGUUGCAGUCAUGGAAUGCAAAUCAUAGGUUCCAAUUUAAGUUUCGACUGCCGCCAUUCCCCCCUUCGGAAUGUUCUUCCGCCUUCCCAAGAGUAGUGACGAAACAAACACGCGCACGCGAUAAUGAUGCCUGCAACCUAAACAACUAAGGCAGGGUGAGUCAUUUUUCGGACCUCAGUGGUCAAGUAUCACUGACUUUGUAAGUCAAGCUGAACUGCAACCAAAUCCCGAAGCCUGCCGAGUUUCUCGUAAACUGCCUUGCAAAACUUCCAAUCUUCCAAGUUGUUCAAUUAGCAAGCGGGAUCGCACACCUCUGUCUCCACUGAAAUUACCAGUCAUGCCUGCUCUUAGGAGAAGCAAACGCUUCAAGAACUCUGAAAAUGAGAUAUCCCGCCCUCUAGGAACGCCCGAUAUAUUCCUUGUCCCCGAAAUCGUGGAAGCUAUUCUUCUGCGUCUGGACAUGCACACAUUGCUGAUCUCAGCUCGGGUCUGUGCUACAUGGAAUGCUCUCAUCAAAAGCUCUCGCAGAAUCCAGCAGGCCCUGUUCUACGUUCCCAUCGACACAGACACCAGAAAGUCCCGUCGCAAAACAAGGAAGAACCCUCUGGUGAUGGACAAGAUAUGGUUCGAAUUCAUCUUUGUAGGACUCAACUCGCGUCGGAGACAUGGUGCGUGGCACUGCCCCUCUAUUGCAUCGGAGAAGAGAGAAAGGGCAUACUUGCGCCCCGAGGCAAGCUGGCGGCGGAUGCUCCUUCAGCAACCUCCCACCUCGAUCGUCCGCUUCUGGAACCCCGAGUGCCUUUGGGGUCCCUAUUGGCAUAUUCUGCCCAAAGAUCAGAUGGUCAAAACUGGGGCCGAGUGGACACCGGACGGAGACUAUCUCCGCAUGGAGAACGUCGCAUAUGAGGUCGACACAGGAGCGAUCUCGGCAGGGCCCCUGCCUUUCCUAUGCUGGGCAGAUGCCGAGGCCCUGAGAAAGGUCAUGCGCAAGUCCAAGCGACGCAAGCAGGUACGCCGCGAUCGUACUCUCAAGCGCUAUCUUCGGAGGUUCGACCUCACCAUCAACACGGAAUGCCCAGAGUUUUGGCCCAUUGUCUGGAUUGAAGACCAUCCGGUACCGGUAAGAGAUUUUCGUCAGUUUUGUGAAACAAGGGAUGUCAAGCUGUUGAUAGCCGAUCCACGUUAAAUGGAGACUAUGAUCCCGUUCGACUUUUAGCUUAUUCUGCUUCUGCGAUGAUUGAUCCAUCUGUGUUUGUCUAAACCUGGGUAUGCUUGUUAUAUC